CAAUGAAUUUUUUCCCCCUAGAUGAAAGUGAUAGCAUUGCUCGUUUAUAGCUUGGCACUCGCUGCUGCCAGCCCCUCCUCCACUUCCUGGGAGCUCUUCAAGGCUCAACAUGGUCGUCACUACCUGGAUGUCAGGGAGGAGCGCUACCGCCAGAGUGUGUUUGAGAAGAAUCAGCAGUUCAUCAAUGAUUUCAACGAGAAGUUUGAGAGAGGAGAGGUCACAUACAGCCUCAAGAUGAAUCAGUUUGGUGACAUGACAAAUGAGGAGUUUAAUGCCAUGAAAGGAUCAAGAAGGACACCAAGAUAUGUGUUGAGCAUGAGAGAGAGAGAAGAUUCACCUCAAGCAGCUGAGGUAGACUGGCGGGAGGCAGGUGCAGUCAACCCUGUCAUUGAUCAAGGCCAACUAGGUGCAAGCUGGACUUUUUCUGCAACAGGAGCCUUGGAGGGCCAGCAUUUCACCAAAACAGGGAACCUGGUGAAACUUUCAGAGCAGCAGCUCCUUGACUGUAUGGAUGAUUACUUUGGAUCAGUGAUUAAUGCCUUUAUAUAUGUAGAAGUGAAUGGAGGCAUUAACACAGCAGACACCUAUCCCAACGGGCCAUCAGAUGGAACCUGCCGCUACGAUGAUACAGAAAUUGGUGCGACCUGCAAUGGCUAUGUUCUCAUUGAGUCCGGGAGUGAGAGCGCCCUGCACACGGCCAUCAGGGAUGUUGGACCUAUCUCAGUAGGCAUUGAUGCCUCACAACUCUCCUUCCAGUUUUACAGCAGUGGUGUGUAUUAUGAAUCGGCAUGCUCAUCAGACCUCAUCGACCAUGAUAUGCUGAAUGUGGGAUAUGGCACUGAAAAUGGGCAAGACUACUGGAUUGUCAAGAACUCAUGGGGUACUGGCUGGGGUGAAAGCGGAUACAUAAGGAUGGCUCGCAAUAGGGACAACAAUUGUGGUAUCGCCAGUGAUGCCUCUUACCCAAUAUCCUAGUCCUGCCCUACAAUGAAGGGGUGAUGCCCUAGAGUACUGCCCUAGAGUGAAAGAUGAUGCCCUAUACAAAUAUUUUUCUAUCAACUUCACAAGAUCACUUUGACCACUAUAUUUCAGGAACAUUUUCUGCAUUUGUCACAGGCCACUGCCAUAGGUUACUCUCCACAUCCUCAGAACAAACCUGAUUACCUCCCAUCCCCUGUAUGACCUCUACAGGUUAAGCACUUUUAUCAUGAUAACAGAAACAAUAAUGCCAGGAACAGAAUGUAACAUAACUUACAAUGCUAACCAUUAUAAACAUUUGCAUCACCCAUUUCAAUUUGUUUGUAAACAGAGCUAGAAUUAUCUAAGAAUGGUCCAACAAUAAAAUAUAAUAUAAA